AUGGCAGAUGCGGAGCAGGACUUGCAUGGCAAGAACCAGGAGCCUGGGAAGACCCGGGGGUUCCCAUUGGGCAAGGGACAUGACGUCUUUGAUGCAGAGCAUCUUGGAGCGGUUCGAGCACUCCAGUUAGCAGAGAAAGUGGGAGACCAAAACCAGUCACUAUCUUGCUGGACUCCCAAGCGGCCAUUGCAAGGCUGCGACACACCCAGCCAGGGCCAGGUCAAGCAUUAG